GACUUUUAGGUAGUUAGCUUACUAGUUUUGGAAUAGAACUCUGUAUUGCUGCUUUAAGGUUUUAGCAAGGAAAUAAAUGUUUCUUUCGGACGCCUGUUUUGUCAGAGCAAAAGUUUCUGUUUCGUGAGUCUGCUCCCAUCAUGUCUGCUGUAGUGAUUCACCUCCACUUGAAUAUUCACUCCGAAUUUUAACAUAAGAUUUCAGCCAACAGGAGAGCUUUUUUAGAGGCUUACAAAUUACACCAUACGCGAGCUAACUGGUACAUUUGUUACUGGACCAUUUUUAUCAUAGAAGAGGAAUCAGGAAGUCAAAGUAGUGUACAAUGAGAAAAGUAAAAAAAAUGUAUCACCGGCAUUAAUUCAAUCUCACCAGUUUGUCCAAUGUACAUAUAUUGGUCGUUUUUUAAUAGUUAGUGUAUUCUGGUAGCAUAUCUAUCACAAGUAUGGAGCAGAAUUAUCAGAAUGAAGAAGCCACUUGAAAGUGGAGGCGAGGUGAAGACAGGGCAAUUAUGAAAUUUUUGGACAACAUAGAAUGCUUUUACACUUUUCAUCCAUAUGAAGUACAAUUUAAUUCCCUGAAUUUCAGUCCCUGAUCAUCAAAACAUUAACAAUUGGAAAUGUUUUUUUAUGUUAUUCAUAUGGGUUUCAUCUAUCAUUGUGCAAAAUGUCAUCACAAUUGUAUGACAGAAAAUAUCUGGUUGCCAUGCAUACAUUUCGAGUUACACAUCACAAAGUUUAAUUCAAUUCAAUUUUAUUUAUAUACCGUCAAAACAAUAAAAUUGUCUCAAGGUGCUUCACAGAGCCCAGUGCCUGGACCCUCCUUUUUACAGUUUACAGAUUAUUUUACUUGAACUGAUGAUUUAUUGUAUGUUUUUGCUAAUUUAUCUGGAUUGGCUGCACCGAACAACAAAGGGCCCCUUAUUUUAAAGAGAAUUAACUGUAGAUUCAUAAUAUACAAUAAAACCACUUGUAAUUUUUGGAUCAACUGGACUGAUUUUUGCUGUGACAUGCCUCAUGCUGUCCUUGGUGACCUACAUAAGAUAACAUACCGAAUGAACUAAUCAAUUUUGAUAGCCCAGUUACUGAAUGUAACUACAAUUAAAUAUAAACCUUACAGAGGGGACUCACUCUUGUGUAGGAAAAAAAAAACGAUUCUGGUUAAACUGACAUUUAGAGUUGUUGACUAUUAAGUGGAGAUGAUUGGGGGAACCAUACCAAGGCAUUUGUUUCACUGUGUUUCCUGUGUAUUUGAGGAAUACAAAAGAGAGGUUUAGCUUGGCUGUUGGAACAGGGCUGGAUGCAAUGCUGAUGUUAAACCAUAUUUAUUUAAAGUCUGUUAUGCCAAGCUUGCUUCAUGAAAUGCAAGUAGCCCGGAUAUGUAUCGUCUGUCGAAUUCCGAGAGGCUUAAUUUUAUAUCUUGCUGUGUAAAAUGUACAAGUACCUUUUUGUCCUUAGAAGUAGACAUUGACAUUCAAACUAAAAUAGUUUUAAAGGUGUAGUAUGUUUUCUUUGUAUUUGAAAAAAUAAUCAUGACUCUGGUCCCAUGACGGCCACAUAAUUCUAAAAACACAACAGAAGGAGAGUUUCGCAUUAUUGCCAUGCAUUCUCUGCCUUAUGUUUCAUUAUUGCAUUUUAUCUGGUCUUUUUAAGUGUUCUGAUUUUUUUCUCAACCCAUACAUACUGUAUAUGCUUGUAAAACCAUUUUAAGUUCUUGAAACAAAAACCUGACAAAGUGCUUUCAAAAGGUGAGGUUUAUGUUCUAUUUGUUAUUCUCUCAGAAUAAAGAUAUCUGAUGCAAUUGUGAAUGCUAUGGUUUCUCAGGCAUUAGAGGUAUGACUUAUAUUAAGACGGUAUCACAGCUCAAGGGAGACUUCUAGUAGAGGGACUUAAGAAGUGAAAACCCUCAAGCGGCACCUUAAACCCAAGCUUUCCAGACAAAUCUUGUUUUGUGAUCCCACUGAUCUUUAACUAUUGAAAUAAUUGAAGAAAACAGGAGCACUCCGAUUUUAAAUUGUGAUUUAAUAAUAUUGUAUAUAAAUCUACCCAACUUUGAGAGGGUAACACUUUUAAUGUUAAAAGAAACCGUUAUACCUUGCUUCAAAUGAUAGGAUUGCAUAGGCACAACAUUGAUUUGCGAGAAUACAGCGAGAAAUAGUCAAUACUGAAGUAAUACCUUCUUUUUGUAGUCAAAGAUCCAUACACAUUUAGAACUUGAGUGACGGUACCAGUAUUCAUCCCAUUUAAUUUCUUAUCAGCAGGACAAGAUUAUACAUUGUAUCUUGUUGUAGCAAUAUUUCAAGGUAUGAACAGUAUUGCAAAUAUUUUAAUUUAAUUUAAUUUCAUUUGCUGAAAGUGGACUGUAGGUUUUGCUCUUCAAAUAAGCAGGAAUGUUACCGAAUCGCCCAAAAUUUUUUAAUCUAAAACAAGUAUGCUUUCGUGUCAUCAAACUAGUGUGUCGUUGUCAAUUGUAUUUUGGAUAUAAGAAAAUCUCUUUCAGAUAGACAUUUCUUUCAUAAACAUCAAUGUGAAAUGUAUGUCGUAAAUAUCAACUCUUUUAAAGUUGAGCGUAUAUAAGAUAACGAAUUAAAUCGCCGGUAGUAUCGACUAUUAUGUGAGAUUCAGACACCACCUCGAAUCUCUUCCGUCUGACGUCUAUCCGACGUAAUCGUGAGUGCGGAGGAUUUCCUGUAUUUACCGCGGAAGGAUCUCGCGCAGCCUGAAGGUGCGUUGUGUGUUUGGCUGAAUUUGAGGAGAUUUCCUGUCUCAGCGGAGGGAUCUCAAAUUUGUGGGUCUCUGAGCAAUUCAGUGAGUCAAUGUGAAUCUGAACCUCUAGACGAACAUGGCGACUUCACUGCAUGAGGGAACCGCUAACCAGCUUGAUCUGCUCAUUCGGGCAGUGGAAGCGUCGUGUCAUGGCUCGAACGUUGACAAGACCAUUGAGGCGGCCGAAGCGCUGCUCCACAUGGACUCUCCCUCCAGUCUACGAGGAGACCGCAGUCCAGAAGUGUUUGUGACCCACUGUGCCAACUCGCCGGAGCUGAUACACGCGGCCAUGCGGCCCGACAUGCCGUCCGAGAUGGUGGUGGAGGUGAGCACGGAGGAGUCCGAAUCCAUGGACAUGGGGGCCAUGGUGGAGGAGACGGAGCUGGAGACCGAGCCAGUCAGGAAGAAGAAGGCUGGUCGGAAGCCAAAGCCGCAUAACACAACAGUGUCAAAUGGCUCCCCAGAUCUGGGUAUAAAGAAGAAGCCCAGAGAAGGAAAGGGCAGCACAACAUACCUGUGGGAGUUUCUGCUGGACCUUCUCCAGGACAAGAACACGUGCCCCAGAUUCAUCAAAUGGACCCAGCGGGAGAAGGGCAUCUUUAAGCUGGUGGACUCUAAGGCUGUGUCCAGACUUUGGGGUAAACACAAGAACAAGCCUGACAUGAACUAUGAGACCAUGGGACGAGCUUUGAGGUACUACUAUCAGCGGGGCAUCCUGUCCAAAGUGGAGGGUCAGCGCCUGGUCUACCAGUUCAAGGAGAUGCCCAAGAACAUCGUUGUCAUUGACGACGAUCAAUCGGACCCGGGAGGGGGCGACGAAUCGGCAGCCGCGGCAGCGGGCCUGGAGAAGUCGUAUGAGCGUGUAUCCCUUGCUGGUGGCGACACCCUGCUGACCUCCGACCUUUCCAAGGCGCCUGGGAUUCUCAGGGGCACUGGGGGUCGGCCACUGAUCCACCACACUGCCAAGGGCAAAGCAGCUGCUGCCACACUCACAGCCACGCCCAUCCAGCACAUAGUCACUGUCUCCGCGGCACCAGACGUCUCCCAGGCGCAGCUGACGUCCCACGCAGCCACAAUCAUUCCCAGCGCCUCAGGGCCCAGGACGGUACGCGUGGCCAUGCAGGUGCCUGUUGUCAUGACCACGUCCCUCGGUCAGAAGUUCUCCACGGUAACAGUGCCAUCCCACAACGCUUCUCUACUCACCACAGCGCCCACCUCUAUCGCCACGAUGACGGGCACCAACGCGCCUAAAGUGCUUAUCCAGACAGUGCCCACAAUGAUGCCCGCCACGGCAGAGAACGGCGACAAGAUCACUGUGCAGCUAGCCAAGAUCAUCACCAUCCCUGCCUCCCAGCUGGCCCAGUGCCAGCUACAGGCCACCCACGGCAAACUGGGGGGAACGGCAGCGGGCAUUAACCUGGUGGGCACUCCCCUGGCUGUGCGAGCGCUCUCCCCCAUGUCCAUGGGGCCGGGCACCCAGGUGCUGCGGCUGGCAAUGCCUGCCCAGCAGGCCGGCAUCCCCAUGCAGCAGCCAAGACUUCCGCUCAGCCUCACCCCGACACAGACCACCAUCACCAGCAGUGCCAUCACUAACCCCAGGCCUCUCCUCAGCCAGCCCUCCGCGCCCACAGCCAGGGUGGUGGGCACUGUGGUGGCCAAGCCUGCCGUUGCCGCCGCUCCCGCCGACCAGGCGCAGGCCCCGCAGUUGGUGACCAUCUCCAUGAAGACCAGCCCCACGAUGAUGGGGGCGGUGGUCGUGCAGGAAAAGAGCACAGAGCAGGCGGUGGAUGUCCAGGGGCAGGCGUCGGAGGCGUCUCCUGCCGAUAGCCAGGAGGCAGAGUGCUGAGUGCUGUGGAGGCUCGGCAGAGGAUGUGUGCACAUGGCUUAUGCACUCUUGUGAAGAGCAUAUCCAGAAACACACACACACAUAUCCAGACCGGACUUCUGCAUUCACCUUGUACAGUUUGAGAGACGCUUAAGCAAAACAGAUGUUUCAUUUCUGUGAAAUAUGUGAAAUAACAUGAAUUUGCCAGCCAAACCCUUGUAAACAUUCAGACACCUAAAAAUCUGAUGUCAGAGACCUGACACUAGAAUGACUUUUUUUUUUUUUUAUCCCAUGUUUGUAAACACACACUCAUAGGAAUAGACUUGGCUGAAAUCUCUCAGCAGUUCACGAAAAAAGGGACCAAUGCGAAACACUACAGACUUUCUUUUUUAAUCUGAUGACACUAACGGCAUGAUGCCAGAAAACAGAACACUAACAUAAAAAAAUCAAACCAAAUGUGAACUUUCAAAGGGAGGACUGGGUUAAAAAGGAAUUUGCAACAUUUAGUGUAAACAUUUUUUUUUUUUUUCCUAUUUUAUAUUGCAUAUAUGAUGCAAAAACCAGCAAAACUCGUUUCAACUAUCACUGUGCACACAAAGCAUCAAUGGUCUUGAUGUUAAGUGACCUACACAAGGACAGGACUGACAGCGUCUGUUCCAGGCUGGCUCCACCAUGGGAAGCCGAAAGGGACUUUGUAUAUACUUGCUUACAGUUUACCGAAAUCUAAAAAUGAAACAGCCUUAGAUUGACUUUUUUUUAAAUGAAUAAGCUUAUCUGGCUUUUUUUUCUGUUGAGAUCUUUGUUUUGAUACCUUGUACCAAGCACAGUAUUACUACGUGAAAUGCAGCAACGCAAGUUGAGAAAAAUAGUUUUUAAGUUCAAGAUGCGGAAAAGGUGUUUGAGCCUGUGUGUGGCUUUCACUGCGCAGCAAAGCUCAGUCUGCUUCAAGAAACUGGAGGACCACAGCAGCCAUGUUGUGUCGUGUCUCCCCCCCCCCCCCGUGUUUUUUUGAGAGGUCACGCUUGGUCGCAUGUACCACAGUGGCAACAGAUAUUCUGUUUGUUUUUUGCAUUCACAGUUUUUUUUUUCCCCCCUUAGUUUCCAGAGAAGGGGAGAGGAAGAUGUUCGCAUUCAGAAUGAACUAGUUUGUAUAUUCAACAUUUGAAGUAUAUUCUAUUUUGUUGUACUCUUGUUUCAAAGUGUAUUCAAGUAGAUUUUACUUAAAUAUAAAAAAAUAUUCUAAGAACUUUUGUUUGUGGUUUGUUUUUUUAAAUGAGCCUAACAUCUGUUUUCCACCCCAAAUGUGGUCAUUUGGACCCUGCAUUUCUGAAACAUCAAAGACUGAUUAAACACUGAUAGAACAGUACUAACAUCACUGAUAAUGUAGUAUAAUCUAAUGCUUGUAUUCUGUUUUUAUAUUGAAUAUUCUUAAUACAGAAUGUUGCUCCAUUAUACCAGGAGGGUUACACAUCUUGUUGUGGACUUUCAAAGGCUUCAUGUUGGAUGUUAAUGCUGGUGAGUUGCUGUUGCACAUUUUCACCACAGGGUGGCAGGCCAUCAUAGCACACCUCAAGGGGAACAUAAUUUGUUUUCCUAUGCAGGGGGAAGUGUUCAACAAGAUAUGCAGAGGAUAUGUUGUGAUGUUCUCUUUCUAACAUUUCCGCUCACUGUUAGAAGGAACAGUCAUUUGGUUUAAGAACCACUUGUGAGACUAUUUAUUAAAGCAAUAUGUAUUUAGCCAUUUCA